CCUGUCCGGGUUCUUUCUUCAGGUUCAUAUCCACUUGCAACACUCCUUUUCAUAACAACACUUGUUGUACUGGACCUGGUACUAACCGACCACAGGAAUAAGCGCGUUUGUCUUGGCCAGGGGUGGUCAUCAUGACAGUCCAGCAGACGUUUGCCCAGCCCUCCCGGCCUUCGUCCAAGCUUGAAUACAUCGACUUCUCCCGUCUCCAUGUGGAUAUCGAUGCCUAUAUAAAUCCCGUUCUUCCGCCCCCGCCUUGGCGAUACCUGCCUCGGCCGGUCUCGCGCUUCUUUGGUUACCGAGAGACCCCGUCUCCCAAGCCACUCGGCAAUGUGGUUGUGGCCUUCUGGACCUUGAUAGGGGUGUUCUGCGGUGUGUUGAUCGUAGCGGAGGCUUCGAUGCAUGUGCCCCUUUUUGAGCACCAUAAUGCCCCGAUCAUCGUGGCGAGUUUUGGUGCUGCUGCGGUGCUGGAGUUCUCGGCCAUCGAAUCACCCUUUGCCCAGCCACGAAAUGCGGUCAUCAGUCAGGUCAUUGCGAGCACGGUGGGUAUUGGGAUAUCCAAGCUUUUCGCCCUGAAUGCCCAUGCCGAAUCGUUGCCCCAGAUCGGUGGCGCUCUGGCCUGUGCCAUCACCACGUGUAUCAUGGUCCUCACGAAUACCGUGCACCCGCCCGCGGGAGCAACCGCAUUGCUUUCCGUGACGCAGUCGGCCGAUGUGGGCUGGGCGUUGAUUCUCGUUAUGUUCCUCGGAAGCGUGCUGAUGCAGGCUGUGGCCUUGUUGAUCAACAACAUCCAGCGCCGGUUCCCGAUUUACUGGUGGACUCCGGUCUCUCUGGCGCGCCCGAAAUCGAGUGACACCGAAAGCGGGGAUCGGAUCAACCGAGCCAGCUUUGAGACGGACGGCACGCAAGAUGUCUUCCCCGGUGAACCGAGGCAGGUCCUCAUUGAGUCGGGCAAGAUCCUCUUGCCAAAUCAAUUCUCGAUUUCGGAAGCGGAAAUGAAGGUCCUGCGGAGUAUCAGUGAACGGUUACCAUGAAGUGCAUCUACUAGCAUUAGAAAUAGGUGGCUUAGCAUAG